CCGUCAGAUUGUCGACGCUAUCUCGCGACAUCGUCGCGAUUUACUCUGCCUAUUUCAUCGCUUCGUCUUUUUUUGUGCGGGUGACUCUAACAAGUGGGCGAUGUACGCCGGCGUCGGCGUACAUCGGGACGUCCGCGGCGCGACGGUUCAACUCGAACGCGCGCUCGAACGCUCCCAGGACGCGUCCGAGGCGUUCGCGCCGCUCAUGGCGCUGAUCGGUCUCCGGUGCUCGCACUUCGUCGAGAACGUCGUCGCGUCCGCGCGCGAGGCGUCGACGCGCGCGUACAGGGUGUACAGGUUCUUCAAGCGUCCGGAGGAGCCCUGGAAGGCGAUGCGACGGAAAGACCCCCCGGCGCCGGCGCGCGACGCGGAGAAGGCGCGGCUGAAGGAAGCCAACGCGCGCGCGCUGAACGAACGAGACCGAAAGGCUACGAGACGCUCCGAUCCUCGACGGCUGCAGCCCGUGUUCAGAUCCACCGAGGACGCCGUCCUCGUCGUCUUGUGCGCGUGCGUCGUGCUGCUUUUGUACACGCGGUUCGUCGUGAUGCGGCGGUACGAGACGCUCGCGUCGAGAGGCGCGAGACGCGAAGACGCCGGGUGGAUCGGGGCGCAGAUCUUGUACGCGGGGGCUGGGCUCGCGUGCGCGGUCGCGAUUCUGAUCGGGAUCACGGUGUACGACUUCGCGGUGAGCGUCUUUUGAAGUAGAUAGCGGAGACGGCGGCGUUAAACGCCGCGACGAGACAACAAAU